CGACAUGAUGUUGGAGUCUGUUUCACACAUGCAUGGUGGUAGUUUGCUGGAGUAACUGGAUAUCUCCGGACUGCCAUUGUCUGAUCCACCGGUACCAGUAAGGAUUACCGUCUGACAGUUUCUGAGAGAUGUUUAAGAAACCAAAUCGCACUCUUCGUGUGCGGAAAGCAGAAUCCAGCGAGGACGAAGGAGAAGAGACUCCGCCUGAGCAGCUUGUUGACAAAAGACAGAAAAGAGUCGGCAGCCGCGGCUUGGCAUGUGGAACCAGAGACAGGAAAACUGUUCAUGCUGCAAAAAUUGCCAGCUAUGCGGAUGAAGAUGAGGAGGAAAGUAAUUCUGAGCCUGAAGAUGCUGAUAUCAAUGAGGACUUCAGGAGACAGCGGAGGGCUGGGGGACCCCACAGUUUGCUGAGCUUCACUGAAGAGAGAGAAGGUGAAGAGGUGUCCUUUCAAAUCAAAAAGCCUUCUGUUAAUACGUUUGUAUUUAAAGCUCAAAAAAAGUCCAAAAAGGAGGACCAUGAAAAAGAGCAAGAGAAUAGUGAUUCUUUUGAGUUGGAAAGUGACCAUAGCUCAGAGUCAGAGCAUCCUCAACACACUAAUUCCCCAUCUUUGAAGAAGGACUCUUCAGAAUCUGCAGCCAGCAGCCCGUCCCUGUCUCCUAGUGACAUAGAAGGGACAGCACAGGUGAAAUCCCGGAUGCCAAGUGCAUCUCGGCAGCUUGCAGCUCAAGGAGACUACUUAUCUCUUGGUGUGCCGAAGAAAGGUAGAGACUCAAGCCAGUCAGAAAGUGACGAUGAACAGGAUGAUCAUGAGAGAAGAAUCAGUUUUGCUCCUGGAACAAAAACAUUGAAAGACCAGAUGGCAGAGGAGAUUUCAGCAAGCAGUGACUCAGGCGGAGAGAAGAGCAAGGAAGACGAGGACUUUCAGGAUCAAUGGGAGGAACAGCAGAUAAGGAAAGCAAUAAAGUACCCAGAGAUUCUCGACAAUGAUUUGUUACCUGUACGAAAUACACAGAACCGUAGAAACAUAGAGCCAAGGUUUUCCCUGCCUCCAGUAAAUAUUGGAGACAUCAAAAAGAAGCUUACUGCAAGGAUAACUUCUUUAGAAGAGGUCCACCAAUCGCAUGUGCACGAAAAUGAGAAAUAUACUCGUGACCUUGAGAGUUCGAAGCACUCUCUAGAAAUGCUGGGAAAGUCUGCAAGCGAGCAAAGCUACAAGUUUUUCAAGGAGAUGAAAACAUAUGUAGAAAACUUUGUUGACUGUAUGAAUGAAAAGAUAAUCCAAAUUAAUAAACUUGAGUGUGAGAUGUUUACAUUAUUCGAGAACAGAGCAAAGGAUCUUCUGCAUCGCCGGCAAAACGACCUCCGCAACGAGUCUGCUGUCCUCCAGAAGCUCUCUGGAAAAAAUACAGACAUUGAAGAUGCAACGAAAGGUGUGCUGGAAGAUUCAGAUUUAAGAAGGAACAGAAGGUGGAAGAAACGUGAGCUCUUGGGGAUAAAUGAUCACUGUGAAGGCAUGUCUAGUGAUGAUGAGAUGCCCUCUGAAGAUGAAACUUCUUUCAAAGAAAGUAGAGCUCGAGUCCUAUUUGAGAGUAAAGAUCUGUUUGAAGACGUUCAUGAAGACUUUCACCGGAUAAAGAACGCCUUGUCCAAAUUUCAGGAGUGGAGACAGAGAUUUCCAGAGUCCUAUUAUGAUGCUUACAUUAGCUUAUGCAUCCCCAAACUACUAAACCCACUUAUUAGGGUGCAUCUUUUAGACUGGAAUCCACUAGAGAACAUCACUGAUCUAGAAAAGUUGGAGUGGUACCGUGAUUUAGAAGAGUUUUGCUACAGCAGUGAAGAUCCUGAACCACACACUGAGGACAGCCCUGAUAACAAUGUUCUUUCUGCUGUGGUUGAGAAGAGCAUUCUACCCAAAGUGUCUGAAUUUGUUGAUCACGUGUGGGAUCCACUGUCCGCCACACAAACAAGUAACCUGGUUAGAUUCUGCAAAACAUACGUUCUGGAGAGCGAGUCGAAAAAGGCAGUGCAGGAAUUGCUAAAUUCCCUGGAAUCUCGGUUAAAAAAAGCCAUCGAAGAUGAUGUAUUCAUUCCACUCUAUCCCAAAAGUGUUUUAGAGGACAGAGCCUCUCCGCAUUCAAAAUUCCAAGAAAGGCAAUUCUGGUCAGCUGUGAAGAUGCUGCAAAAUGUUCUGUCAUGGGAUGGAUUCCUUGAAGAAGAAACCCUGCGAGAGCUGGGACUGGACAAAUUGCUGAAUCGCUACCUCCUGUUAAUCCUUCUGAAUUCCUCACCUGGCAAAGAAAUGGUUAAUAAGUGCAGCAAGAUUGUUGCCUGUCUGCCGCACAGUUGGUUUAAAGGCCUUGACAGUGGAUCCUCUCUGCCUUGCUUGGCAAAUCUCAGUAAGCACAUGCUCCAGUGUGCACAUGCGCUGCAUUCACUAGAUGAUCGGGAGAACUUGCUGGUUCUGGUGUCUCUGCUGAAAAAGAUCAAAGCAAUGGAUUAUGUGGAGGCACUUUCCAGUAAAUAUAACAUUGAGGAGCUGAAAUGAUUAUUUUUAUAAGAAGAAGUGAACACAUCUGAUUCCAGAUCUCAUGUCCACAGUCAGAGCACAGGGGCGUGUACUAAAUGCGUGGCUCUCGCAACAAAAUGGACAGAGAUUUUCUAUUUUUCUAAAGGACAUUAUGAAUGAAUUGUCCGCCUGUUUUUUUUCCCCCCGCUUAACAGGGCCGUGCUUUAACAACUGACUUCCAAAAUGUUAGACCUGUAGAACAGAGAUGGAAUAUGUUCCCCAACUCAGUUGGAUGUAUGCCUUUCCCAAUUUUAUUUCCAGGAUAUUUAAGUUACAGUUCUUGAAGAAACCACCAAAUAAUUAUAUAAUUUACAUUGUCCAUUCCUUGACAGUUGCGGUUAAAUGACGGUUAUGGACACUUGGUCCUAACCAACUUUUUAAGGUUUUAGAACAUUCUUUGUGAAUUUGCCACCUGCUUUCAGAUUUCUCUUAAUUGUAAUUACACAUGUGUGAAAUAAAGAUAUUUUA